CCUGCACUGGCAAUGCUGACCGUGAACUCCCUGGGAGUGGAACAAAGGUUCCAUGGAAAUGACAUCAGCGCGGGCAGUGUGGUAUUAAACUGUGAUGUCACACACGAGGUGAUAAAUCGCCCCUAGGCCGGUUCUACUCCAACGCGGCAGUACUUGGAAGCCCGGCCAGGCCUGGCCCGCUCCGCUCCGGUCCGGUCUACACUCGAGCCGCGAGGCCAGCGCGCCCCGGACUGCUGCGGCUGUCGUCUGGGCCGCGCGCGCUGUGCUCGCUCACUCGCUGGCGGUGGGGAACCGCGGACGGAAGGAGGGCCGCUGCGCUCGGCAGGACGCUCGCCGGCGGGGUUGAACCUGCAGCCAACAAGAAACUUGAGAAUGACUAACACUGCCAUCAAGAGAAUAGUGACCAAUGUUGUGAAAUCACCAGAGGAUAAACGUGAAUAUCGUGGAUUAGAACUCACCAAUGGCAUCCGUGUAUUACUUAUUCAUGAUCCCACCACUGACAAAUCCUCUGCGGCUCUGGAUGUUCACAUUGGCUCUUUGGCAGAUCCCAAAGAAAUACCAGGCCUAGCCCACUUCUGUGAACAUAUGCUUUUUUUGGGAACAGAAAAGUAUCCAAAGGAGAAUGAAUAUAAUCAAUUUCUCAGUGAACAUGCAGGGAGCUCUAAUGCAUUCACCAGUGGAGAACAUACCAAUUUCUAUUUUGAUGUAUCAAAUGAGCAUUUGGAGGGUGCACUUAACAGGUUUGCCCAAUUUUUCCUUUGCCCUUUAUUUGACGCAAGCUGUAAAGACAGAGAAGUCAAUGCUGUUGACUCAGAGCAUGAGAAAAAUCUAAUGAAUGAUGCCUGGAGGCUGUUCCAGUUGGAGAAAUCUACAGGCAACCCAGAACAUCGAUUUAAUUCUUUUGGAACAGGCAACAAGUUGACCUUGGAAACUAGGCCAGCUGAGAUGGGUAUUGAUGUACGACAAGAGCUCCUGAAAUUCCACUCAGCAAACUAUUCAUCAAACUUGAUGGCUCUCUGUGUGCUGGGGCGAGAAUCCCUGGAUGAGAUGACUGACCUGGUGGUAAAAUUGUUUGCCGAGGUGGAGAACAAAUCUGUACCUGUACCUGAAUAUACCGAACAUCCAUUCGAGGAAGAGCACUUGAAGCAACUAUAUAAGGUGGUCCCUAUCAAGGAUAUCCGAAAUCUUUAUGUUACUUUUCCAAUACCGGAUCUACAGAAAUAUUACAAGUCAAAUCCAGGUCAUUAUCUAGGACAUUUGAUUGGUCAUGAAGGACCAGGGAGUCUUCUAUCAGAACUCAAGUCUAAAGGUUGGGUGAAUACACUUGUUGGUGGACAAAAAGAAGGAGCGAAAGGGUUUAUGUUUUUCAUCAUUAAUGUAGAUCUUACUGAAGAAGGACUAGUGCAUGUUGAAGAUAUAAUUCUACACAUGUUCCAAUAUAUUGCCAAACUACGAAUUGAAGGACCUCAAGAAUGGGUUUUCCAAGAAUGUAAGGAUUUGAAUGCUAUGGCAUUCAGGUUCAAAGAUAAAGAGCGACCAAGAGGAUACACUUCAAAACUUGCUGGAUCAUUACAUUACUAUCCCAUUGAAGAAGUUUUGGCAGCUGAAUAUCUACUAGAGGAAUUUAGGGCAGACCUAAUAGAGAUGGUGCUGGAAAAACUGACACCGGAGACUGUGCGGGUAGCUGUGGUUUCUAAAUCAUUUGAAGGACAAACAGACAGAACUGAAAAAUGGUAUGGCACACAGUACAUGCAGGAAGCCAUUAGUGCUGAUGUCAUCCAGAAAUGGCUGAAUGCAGACUUAAAUGGGAAGUUCAAAUUGCCUGUUAAAAAUGAAUUCAUUCCUACGAAUUUUGAGAUUUUCCCUUUGGAAAAUAAUACUACAACUUUUCCAGCUCUCAUUAAGGAUACUGCCAUGAGCAAAGUGUGGUUCAAACAAGAUGACAAGUUCUUUUUGCCAAAAGCAUGCUUAAACUUUGAAUUUUUUAGCCCAUUUGCUUAUGUGGAUCCAUUACAUUGUAAUAUGGCCUAUUUGUAUCUUGAACUGCUGAAAGAUUCCCUCAAUGAGUAUGCAUAUGCAGCAGAGCUUGCUGGCUUGAACUAUGACCUACAAAAUACAAUCUAUGGAAUGUAUCUGUCUGUGAAAGGGUAUAAUGACAAGCAGCACAUAAUUCUUAAGAAGAUAAUAGAGAAGAUGGCUACCUUUGAAAUUGAUGAGAAGCGAUUCGAAAUAAUCAAAGAGGCAUAUAUGCGAUCUCUGAAUAAUUUUAGAGCAGAGCAGCCUCACCAGCAUGCAAUGUAUUAUCUCAGACUGCUAAUGACUGAGGUGGCAUGGACCAAAGAGGAGCUUAAGGAAGCAUUGGAAGAUGUUACACUCCUUCGUCUCAAGGCAUUUAUACCUCAACUAUUAUCAAGACUGCACAUUGAAGCUCUUCUCCAUGGCAACAUUACCAAACAGACUUCUCUGAGUAUUAUACAGAUGGUCGAAGACACACUGAUUCAGCAUGCUCAUACUAAGCCUCUUCUUCCAAGUCAACUUACCCGAUACAGAGAAGUGCAGCUUCCUGACCGGGGAUGGUUUGUGUACCAGCAGAGAAAUGAGGUCCACAACAACUGUGGGAUUGAAAUCUACUACCAGACAGACAUGCAAAACACCCAUGAAAAUAUGCUGUUGGAGCUUUUCUGUCAAAUUAUAUCAGAGCCAUGUUUCAACACACUACGAACCAAAGAACAGUUGGGUUAUAUUGUGUUCAGCGGUCCUCGACGAGCAAAUGGUGUUCAAGGACUGCGUUUUAUUAUCCAGUCGGAGAAACCUCCUAACUACCUGGAAAGUAGAGUCGAGGCUUUCCUAAAGACUAUGGAAAGACAUAUUGAGGAGAUGACAGAGGAAGCUUUUCAGAAACACGUUCAGGCUCUGGCUAUAAGGCGUCUUGAUAAACCAAAGAAACUCUCAGCUGAAUGCGCUAAGCACUGGAGUGAAAUAAUUUCUCAACAAUAUAACUUUGACCGAGAUAAUAUUGAAGUAGCACAUCUGAAGACGCUGACUAAAGAGGACAUAAUAAAUUUCUGCAAGGAGCUCCUGUCAGUCGAUGGUUCCAGGAGGCGCAAGGUCUCCGUGCAUGUUCUGUCCCGAGACAUGGAUUCCUGCCCUGUUAUUGAACAUACUCACUGUCAAAAUGAUGUCAACUUGACUCCUGCACCACCUUUGCCUCAGCCAAGCAUAAUUGAGGAUAUGACCACAUUCAAACGCAAUUUACCACUCUUUCCAUUGGCAAAGCCUCACAUCAAUUUCAUGGCUGCAAAACUCUGAGAAAUGGAAUACUGAUCCAAAGGAAGGAAGAUGUGACCGAAAAACAUAAGUGACCGUAUUCGUUCUGCUGGGAAUUGGAGAAACUUUCAUAAGAGAUCAUUUUUUUUAAAUGAACUCUUUGUGAUUAGGAGAGUACAAAGCUAUAUAGUUGUUCUACAUAUUUCUGCCUGUUAAAGGUUCAGCUACCUAAGUGGUGUUUUAAAUAUUGUCCAUAGACACUUCACACACAAGAUUGGAAAUCUACAAGACACUAAUGUACAAAACAGUGAAAUAACACUGUAUAAUAUGAAUCAAAUUUCUUUUGUGAUAGAGCCUUAUAAUUGAAAUCCGUACCAUGUUUUUACCUUGUACACAAAUUUUGUAGUUUUGAAUUUUUGUGCUCAUACAUCUGGUAGUAAAAUGAUGGAAACUUUUUUUUUGGU